AGAAAUUGUAUCAGUGGAAGAAAAUGGCCAAGAGGAUGAACCUUUAGAUGCUGCAUGCAUGGACGUAUCUGAUGAUGAGAUAUCUGAAAUUCCCCUAGCAAAUAAUCUAAUUCAGCCACAAAUUUACAACAAAACACCGAGGGAAUGUUUCGUUGCAGAGGAGGACUCCACAGAGGACCCCGAUAGGGAAAAUCUUCAGCCUCAGCAGCAGUUUUCAUACACCACACUAGUUGAAGACUUUGUCCCAGAGACUGAGCAUUUAGAAGUGACACCUUCAGACACUGUCUUCGCACCAAAGGAGAAGCCAGCCGAGCUCUCACAGGUGGAAGAUUUCAAAUCUGAGCAGCUGUUAUCAGAAGCUACUUGUGUAAAGGACAUGGUGCCUCAGAAAAUGGAUCCCCUCACACCGCUGGAAAAAUGUGAUCAGGAUGCAGAUGUACUAAGAGAAAGUAACAAAACAUAUGUAAGCCUAUGUUGGGGAAUCCUGAUGUCCCGGGCCAUUCAAAAAUCCGAGUUAAACUCCUUUUCUCCUAAAAACUAUCAACUCACCCACAAACGUCUAUUUGACCAAAUCUGGACUGCUUUAGCAAAAAAAGACAUACACAUCAACCCAGAUUCAUUAUCAAAACAGAACAAGAAAAUUUUCAGUGGCUUUUGCAAGAAGCUCGACUGUCCAGAUGAACUUCUGUUGUCUUUAAUGGUUUUAAACUUCCCAGAGACAGAUAGUGAGAUUGUCUCAUCUUUCAUAAAACAAGUCAGCAAACUCCAAAAUAAACCCCGUUCUUUUAAGGAGGCCUUAGCACAUUUAGGUAGAUCCAUACUGAAGCUUAUACCGAAACAAAAGAUGCACUGUGAGGAGUCCAGUCAAACCAAUGAGCAUUGGCUUGGAAAAUCUGGCAAGACUCCAUCCGAAACACCAGAGUUCUCAGGGAUGUCCGCUGCAGGUGAUAACUCUCCUAAAGACACAGCACAGUCAUCACAUAUCCAAGAGAAUGUAUCUAAAAAAGCAGCUAAACCAGUACUGCAUAACCCAGAUUAUUAUGCCAUGUUGGAGGAAAAGAUGAAGGCUGCAACACUUACACAGGAGAAGAGAAUGGCUGUACAGAUCCUAGUUACAAAGCUGAUAUGCAAGAUCAUUAAACGGUCACCUAAAUGCAUUCCUCAGAGUGAGUGUGAUAAGAUCAUUGAGCGUCUCAGCAAGCAAAUCUGGGAUGAAGUUGAGUCUAUAAGCCAGGAAAUAUCCCCCAAACAGAUUGAAAGACUCAACAGGGCUAUUUUUGUGGAUCUCAGUAAGGAAUGGCAUAAUUCAGACAUGCUCAGUUUGCUGCGGUUAGGGAUGUCAUCUAUUGAUACAAGAGUUGUGUCAGUGGUCAGGCAUAAUCUGCUUAAUCCUCCUAAGAAGUUUUGGAAGGUUAGAAGUUUCUUUAGCCCAGCUAGGAUUUUCAGACACCUACUCUAACUUUACCAAAGUCAGUGAUUUACUUAUUCUAAAAAUAAAUAUUGAUACUUUCCUUUUGCCCACUUCAAAAUGUUCUCAUUUGAUUUGACUCCAUCGAGUGGCCACUUUGAAUUUAUCAAGUAGAUAUACCUGCUAUUAAAAAGAAUUGAAGAAGUUUUAUGCUUCACAUAAGGAAGGCCCUGUGGUCCAAUGCCUUGUGUGGUGUUUGCGUCUUCUCCGUGGGUUCUCUCCAGGUGCUCUGGCUUUCUCCCAUAUCCCAAUGUUACUUCUCCGUGGGUUCUCUCCAGGUGCUCUGGCUUCCUCCCAUAUCCAAAGGUUACUUCUCCGUGGGUUCUCUCCAGGUGCUCUGGCUUCCUCCCAUAUCUCAAUGUUACAUCAAUUGGUCCCUCUUUUGUACUGGGUUUGCAAACUUUCAAGAAUGCACACGUGUUGUGAAUAUGAUUAUGAAUAUAUAAUGUAAUAUUAGUAUUUUAAUAUUAUAAAUAAUAAUUAAAUAAUGAUUUGGUCUGAUAGGUGUUUUCAUGUGAAUACCAGUCCAAUAUGGCGGUGGUUUUAGGACAAUAGUGAAAGGGAGGCAAGCUUUGAUAUAAUUGAACAGAAAAACUCUGCACACACAGAACAAAAUUCACACAAUUUUUUAAAAUACAAGAAUUUAUUAACAAAAAUAACCAAACUCAAAGUCAAACAUAUUUCCAUCAGCAAAAAAUAAA